AUGGCAAACAUGGUUCAGAGCAAUCUUCCAGUCUUCGAUGGAAAAGACUAUGAUGACUGGUGCGUUAAGAUGGAGGCGAUUCUAGGGUAUCAAGAGGUUGAUGAAGUCGUGAAACAGGGAGUUAAAGAAAUGAAAGAAGACGAUACAGCAGCAGCGAAGAAACUUCAAAAGGAAGAACGUCGCCUGGAUUGCAAAGCCAGAAUGCUUCUUCAUCAAUGCGUUUCUCCAACCAUUUUUCAAAAGAUCUCUAAAGCGUCCACUGCCAAGGAAGCCUGGGAUAUUCUCCAAGAAGGUUAUGGGAAUACGGGAAAAGUAAAAAAGGUGCGACUACAAGCGUUACAGCGUCAAUAUGAACUUCUGGGCAUGGGGACGGAAGAAACCGUGAUAGAAUACAUGGGCAGAAUCCAGAAUCUCAUCAAUGAUAUGAGGGCCUGUAGAAAAAUUGUUAAGGAUAGAAAAUUAAUUGAAAAAGUUUUGCGUACUCUAACCCCGCAGUAUGAUCACAUUGUAAUCACCAUUGAAGAGUGUAAAGACCUCGACUCGUUGAAAAUAGAAGAAUUACAGAAUUCGCUCGUCGCACAUGAACAGAGACUGCUUGAAAGAAAGAAUGUUGAGAAAGCAGCUGCGAUACAAGCAACGGAGCAAGCUCUUCAAGCAAGAACGAAGCAAAACUACAAGAACCGAGGUAGAGGUCGAGGAAGAUCGAGAGGUAGAGGUGGACGAAAUGGAGGAAGAAAUACGACAUACUCAGAACAGAAUGAUGAAGAAAACGGAGAAGAUGGAGGUAGCAGAGGUGGUAGAUGUCCGAGAGGUAGAGGCGGAAAGGCACAGAUAAACGGAACAUACAGUGUUACAUUUGCAAGAAGUAUGGUCACUAUUCUUAUGAUUGCUGGCACAACGAAUCAACCACGAAGGGUAAAAGUGAUGAUACUGCAAAUCUGGCACAGGAUGCCCAUGACUGUGAAUCAGAAUUAG